CAACAAUUGUUUAAUUAACUGACAUGCGCAGUAGCUUUGUUGUUGAAAUCCUGCCGUGUCUAUGAACCGUUUGGCCUUCCAUACAGUCAGAGCACAGACUGCGCAUCUCCGCUGUUUUGCUCUAAACCUCAGUGCGCUUUUCUUAAAGCAGGAAAAAAAAUGGAAACCGCAAACAAGGUCGUUUCCUCUGGGACAUUUCAGGUGUUUAAACUCCCUUUGGGGUUCAUCCGCCUGCUGGAAUGGCUUUUUGCCAUCUUUGCUUUCGCAACAUGUGGAGGCUACACUGGACAGCUGCGGGUUAGCGUGGACUGUGUCAACAAAACCGACAGCAAUCUCAGCAUCACCGUCAAAUUCUCCUACCCAUUCAGGCUGAAUCAGGUCACCUUCAUGGUGCCUACAUGUGAAGGCAGACAGCAGGAGCAGCUCCACCUGGAUGGAGACUUCUCUUCCUCUGCUGAGUUCUUCGUCACUAUCGCCGUCUUCGCCUUCCUCUACUCGCUCUUCGCCACCGUGGUCUACAUCUUCUACCAGAACAAAUACAGAGAGAACAACCGCGGCCCGUUUAUCGACUUCAUAGUGACGGUGGUCUUCUCCUUCAUGUGGUUGGUGGGUUCAUCCGCUUGGGCCAAAGCUCUGUCAGACGUCAAGGUGGAGACGGAUCCUGACGAAGUGCUUCUGCUCAUGUCUGCGUGUAAAAUGCAGAACAACAAGUGUGCCUCGGUGUACGGGCCGGUCUGGUCCGGCCUCAAUACCUCUGUGGUGUUCGGCUACCUGAACUUCGUCCUCUGGGCUGGAAACAUCUGGUUUGUGUUCAAAGAGACAGGCUGGCAUAAAGGUGGAGCUGCACGAUAUCCGACGCCGGCUCCUGAAAAACACACCACCGCCUUCAGCCAGCAACCCUACAACCAGGAGAACUACAACCAGGGCACCUUCGACCAAUCAGGAGCCAGCUUCGGAGGAAUCGGAGGCUUCAGCCAAUCAGACUACAGCCAAGUGGGAAGUUACACCUCAAGUGGGCCCACGUCUUACUGACCACUCUGCACAAGCAAGCUAAUCGUCACGGGGCAGGGGACAAUUUCACGGGCAAAGGGUGAGAAUUGGGUUCCGUCUAAUUCUCUUACAGUAUUUGCAGACAUAGCGUUGGUAAACAGUGAUGUGUUUACACUAAAAAUUUCAGAAUCUUCACACAGAAGUUUAUUCCAGUUUUUUUUUGUAUUGAUGACUCAUAAAAAAUGUUUGGGUUUUGAAAAUUUAUCUAAAAGUUUAAGGGAAGUCUGAAGGUACAUACUUGAGGAAAAUGUUCCCUUUGGGUUUUUUCCAAACCUUUAACGAUCCUUAUGUAGAACCUAGUUUUUCUGUUAGAAAGGGCUCCAGAAAAAAAGCAUCUUCUAAAACAUACUGAGGAAACUUUUGGUAAAAGGGUGAAAUUAAUGAGUUCACACAAAAAUAAAGGACAAAAUCUCCUUAGAAGAAACGUUUGUUUUCUUAUUAAAAGUAGGACUGAAGGAUCUUCAGCCAUUUUUGUUUUCCCUAUCGAUAAAUAGUACCAUUUUUUUUGGAGGGGUAGAAUAGUUCCUUAAGUAUCCAAAAUGGUUCCUUUAAAAAAACACUUUCACGCUUAAAGAAUGUUUCAGAGGCAUACAACGUGAUGACGGUUCAUGUAGGUUAAUCAAGAGGUAAAGGUUCAGCGUUCUUAGUUUCCUAAAGGAAUCUACUGGGAAUCGUCUCUGAUUGGGAAUCAUAACGUUACAAGGUUCUACAUAGAACCUUUAAGGGUUCCCCUAGAGGGACAAGCCAAGAGUUUAUCCUUGUGGACUUCAUCCACAUUUCUGCCCACAUAAUAUAAUGCUGGCGUAUCAGUUUUCUACAUUACGCUAACUCGAUGCAUGAUGAUGUGUCGCUGCGCUAAAUUCUUAAUCAAAUAAAGCCGUCCAAUGUAACAAAAAGCUGAAAUAUUUAUAUUAAGUUUACAUGACCUUGUAAAUGACGUACUCGUGUAUAUACAGUUGUUAGAAUUUAUUUCAAAAAUAUAUGAAUAUAAAGCUGUAGCUGUAGAGCGAGGAGAUCCGCAUGCAUGCAACACACCUUCCAUCACGUCUGGUGCACGUCUCUUGCCUUCGAUCUCUCUUUCAUAUUCUCCUCUCUUUUUUCGGAUUUUGUACGUCACACAAUAAUUGAUGUUAUUUAAUGAAAAAUAAAUAAAAAAAAUAAAAUAAAAAACGAGCCUGCUAAAAAGAAUUGCAAGGCAUGCCAUUAAAAAAAAAAAGAAAAUAGUACGGAUUUAUUUUAUUACUUAUUAUCCGAUUCAUGUGUGUUGCUUGCUAU